CCGGUUCUGCUUUAUCUCCUGUUGGCGGGAAACGCUGGCCGUCAGCAGUCUUGGGAAGAGACGGAGGCUGAGUUGUCCAUGUCCCGGGUCCUGAACGGAAUUGUGGCGGUGUGCCCUAACCUGGGCAUAGGAAAGGAUGGGAACCUUCCCUGGCAUCCUGUUCGACUCAGCAACGAAUUCGCUCAUUUCCGAAAGCUGACCGCCACGGCGUCAGUGCCAGGGAGGCAGAAUGUGGUGAUCAUGGGCAGGAAGACCUGGUUCUCAAUUCCAGAGAAGAACAGACCACUGAAAGACCGGAUCAACAUUGUUCUCAGCAGGACGUGCAAGGCGCCACCUGCAGGAGCACACUACCUGGCGACAGACUUCUUCUCAGCUCUAAGAUUAGUUGACACAGAGCUGUCAGAACAGGCUGAUCAGGUCUGGAUCAUAGGAGGAAGUUCUCUAUACAAGGAGUUGAUGGAGAGCCCAGGAACCCGGAGGCUGUUUGUCACACGAAUCCAGCAGCAGUUUGACUGUGACACGUUCCUUCCUGAACUCCUUCCAGACAAAUAUCGCCUGCUGCCAGAGUUUCCAGGAGUCCCAAAAGAGCUUCAGGAGGAGAAUGGAAUCCAGUACAGAUUUGAAGUGUAUGAAAGCAUUUAAACAAUAAUCUUUAAUUUGGGAGAAAAAAUGAGGCAGGAGGGUUAUGUAAGCGUUGCAGCAUCAUUUUCCUUCUCUAUUAGCACAGUGUGGAUACUUUAGAUUAGCCUCGAGAUGAAUGAAUAAAAUCUACAAUUACUGCAUAUAAAACACUUGACUUGAAUUAAAUAUUAAACAUUGAUGCUUUAAUUACUGAGGCUUAACAAUGGUGUGGUAGAGGUGAAAGACUUUACUGGUUAAAAAGAACUCCAUGUUUCUGCACAGUAUGGAAGGAGACAUAGGAAACGUUGGGGGAUAAAUGUACCUGUUUUCUGUUGAGUGUAAGGAGCCAAAGGAGCAUGUCCCAGCGGCUGCAGGCAGGGUAUAUACUGAGUGGACUGUUGAUCAAUCCGAUUAGCAUCUCCUUAGAAUGUGUGAGGAGACGGGAGCAUUUCAUCUAAACUUGGUCUAAUUGUUGUAUACUGAUUGUUCAAACUAACUGAAGGCUGACCCAUUAUGUUCAUCAUUUACGAUGAUAAAAAUGAUUGAUUCUUUUUCAAAUAGAAACUUCAUUUACCAAUUUCUGUAUCUUAAGUUUCUUACAGUUGUAUUACUGUGAAAAGCUAAUGUUGAACAAGCCAGAGCAAAUCAAAGUUUUAGUCCUUGAAUCUGUUGAAUUUUGAAUAAAAUGUGGAUCUUUUCAAACGUGAA